UUGUAAAACCUAAUAAUGAAAAUUUGGAGAAAACUGGGAAAAAAUUAGGAAAUAAGCCAGAACCAGCUUAUGCUUUUAAGAUUGUGCCUGGUGAAGAAAUAUCGCCUGUUGUUUUCCCUUCUGAUGCUUCUUCAGAACCUGAUGUUCCCAAAGGAAUGCGUCAUAUUGCUAAUUUACCCCACAAUGAGAUUGUUUGUACUACUAUAUUUUCCAAAAAUGGACAGCGUGUAUUUACUGGUGGAAAGGGCCAAGUAAAAGUUUGGGAUAUUAACAAUGUUACAUCAGCGACUUCAACUGACAACAAUGUCAGAAAUUUGGACUCUAUG